AUGCGCCCGUCGGUGACAAGCGUCACGUGCUGCAGACCCGACGGGCACCGAGGGUGCGUACGCGCGUGGGGCGCUGCACCUGUCGGAGCGGGGACAGCGUGGGCCGGCUGGAAGCGCGGCGCGGGCCCGCGGUUGCGGCCCCGGGAGUCCACGGUAGCAGAGGGCCGGACCCUACGCAGGAACCCCCUCGGAGGAGACACGAGUGGGAGCGCACCCCUGCAGCUGCACCCCGGGAGCACCCCGGGAGAGGUGCUCUUUGCUCGGAAGUGUAGGGAGCUCCGGGUCACAAACCUUCUGAACCGGUUGAAGACAGGGGCUUUCGCUCGCAUCCUCGGCUUGAGCAGUUUUCAGCAGAGUGUGGCAAUGGACAGGAUCCAGCGCAUUGUAGAUGUUUUGCAGAAGCCACGGAUGGGGGAAUGUUAUCUAGGAACUCUGCUGCAGGUUGAAGGGAUGUUAAAGAUGUGUUUUCCUCAGAGAGCUGCCAAGAAGUCCCCAUUGAGUAAUGGAAGGCAUCAAACUGGGGUUGGAGAGAGAGGAACGAGAACUGAACCAGUGGCUCAUUCCCCCCAUUUACCCACUGCUUCUUCUCUCGCACCUCCCAUGGAUAAGACAGUGACCCAGCUUGGAGGUGUAGUGUUGAAAGCAGAGCAGUCCUGCCACUUCCCAGAGUGGCCAGCUGUGACCCAGCCUUGGACCCAUGAUACUCCAGUUUGCAGUCCCUCUGUUGGUUCCCUAGGCAUGAUUCCCCUUAGUUCUGGAUCCAGCAUUGGCAUCAUUCUUUUCCUGCAGCCCAGAGUAUGCCUCUUUACCCACUCUGCUCCAGCUACUCCUCCCCCAUCUGGCAGCAUCUGGAAAUCCUGGGGAUCAGCGGAACUGUCCUGAGAGGAGACUUGUUGCCAGAGUUUGCCAGGAACUCUGCCAUUAGAAUGGAACUGUCCCCUCUCUUCUCCUGAGCCCUCCUCCACAACCAGAGAAGUGACCAUGGCACCCCUACAGCACAGGAGAAGUCUUCCUCCCGGAGCUCCUGAUGGCCAUCUUCUCAGGACUCUUGGUUGUGGAUUUAUGCAAAUAUAUGUCUCUCUUGCCCUUUGCUUUUAAUCCACACAUUUGUGUUGAAGAACUAGAAAUCCUUUCUUGAUUAAAAAAAAAAAAUGUUUCUAGGGGCCGGAGCUAUAGAAGGUUUGUCUUGCACAUGGCCAACCUGAGUUCAAUCCUCGGCAUCCCAUAUGGUCCCCUGAGACUUGCCAGGAGUGAUCCCUGAGCACAGCUGGCCCUCAAAAUGGACUCUGCUAGGUUGUUCAAUGGGCUGAGCACAUGUCUUGUUCUAAGGUAGCCUGGGCUUGAUCCUGGCACUGACUGGUCCUCUGAGCAUUGGUCCUGGGAGUGGCCCUCAGCAUUAAGCCAGCAGUAGCCGCUGAGCAUUGACAGUGGUGGGGAAAAAAAAGAGUCUUAUGAACUCAGAGCAGCUAAUGGGAAUUGUGUUUUUUUUUUCUUUUUGGACCACACCCUGCGAU